GGAGCGAAUAUCUGUCUGUUUAAGCCAUAAGCAAAACUGUGCAUAGCUGUAAAAAGUUUCAUCGGAAGAGUGAAAAAUAUAUGUAUUUGACAGUGCCGCCGGCGUAAGUGGUGAAUUUUCAAAAACGUUUUAGUUUUUUGCGAUGUGAUAACCCUUCAAGAAACUGCAGCGAAAACAAGGCAACGUUUAGUGGCGGUAUUAUUGGUGACGUAGUCUCCAUUAUACCUGUGCUCUGUGACCUUCCAAGGCUUAAAUUAAAAAACAUGUUAGAAAUACAGCAAAUGUCGAUAAACAAAGUGAAACAAACAAAUAAGGAAUUGAAUGUAGGCUGACCUGAUCAUAUAAGGCUUGGUGAAUAGGAGGGUGGAACAAAGACAAGAACGCAGCGUUACCCAUACUGAGGUGACACAAAGGAGGGUUUUGCAAGAACAGGGCCCCGAAAUGCAGCAUUAUAAGGGUCCUGAUUUCUCAACACUAAACGAAGGAGCGUAUCAUUCACAUAGUAAUGGUCAUUCGGAACACUCACCUAAUUCCAGCCACAUGUCUGUUCAUAGUGAUGAGCCUUUAGUUCGGACACAAAAACAGCAGACUACGCAACAAGUUACUACGGUGACUAAAGUUGUCCGCGAAGUCCAACAAAUCGGAGAACAGCCUGGAGAGUACAUACCCGUACCUCUGGGAUCAUAUCCUCAUAGUUCGCAUUACGCUGAUUAUAUUGAACAGCCGCCUCACCACAUGUAUUCUCAAUAUCAUCAGCAUCCUCACUAUCAGGAUUUCGACCAUUAUCCUAACCCCUAUGGGGCAUACAUGGGGUACCCUGCUGGGACCGAAAGGCCUCCAACUCCUCCUAGUCCUAGUGAACAUAGUGGGGAUCCUUCCCCGCUUCCUUUGGCCGCUCAGCCUAUUGCUCCAUAUUUGGGUUCAGGAUACGAUGAGCUUCCUGAGCACUAUAGGGUAACUCCAUCACCUGGUGGCCCAAUAGGUAUAGACCCUUACCAGGAUGACCCGGGAGUGGUUUACGGAUAUGUCUCGCCGUCGCCUUAUGGCGCUGCCCCAUUGUCACGUCCUUAUGUAGAUAGUCUUAAUGGUCCGGUCCCUGUGGGGCCUACCAUGAGAAUGUUUGAAGAAGAAGAUCUUCAAAAGCAUAUAAGUAAAAUGUCUUUACACGGACAUAACGUCGGAUUACCCCACGAAAGAGUUCAUAUUGCCUCCCCUGGUAGUAUUGGUGGGGAGGAAGACCAAAGAGGUAUGCGUUGGCGCGAUCCCAAUCUUACAGAGGUUAUAGGGUUCCUAAAUAAUCCCAACAAUGUGAUCAAAGCUAAUGCUGCAGCCUAUUUGCAACACUUGUGUUAUAUGGAUGACCCCAAUAAACAAAAAACUAGAGCUCUAGGUGGAAUACCGCCACUCGUUAAAUUAUUAAGUCACGAAAGUAUAGAAGUUUACCGAAAUGCUUGCGGAGCACUAAGAAACUUGUCCUACGGCCGGCAAAACGACGAAAACAAAAGGGCGAUUAAAAACGCGGGCGGCAUACCAGCACUAAUUAACCUUUUAAGGAGGUCCAGCGAAGCGGAAAUUAAGGAACUCGUAACCGGAGUUAUCUGGAAUCUGUCGUCGUGUGAAGAUUUGAAACGAAGUAUUAUAGACGAUGGUGUUUUAACCAUUGUCACUUAUAUUAUCAUUCCACAUUCCGGUUGGGAUCCUCAGGGUAAUCAUGGCGAGACAUGUUGGUCGACAGUGUUUAGAAACGCUUCGGGUGUGCUGCGGAACGUCAGUUCGGCAGGAGAAUAUGCCAGAAAAAAAUUAAGGGAGUGUGAAGGCUUAGUGGAUUCGUUGUUGUUCGUCAUCCGCUGUGCCAUAGAAAAAUCCAAUAUAGGCAAUAAAAUUGUUGAAAACUGCGUCUGUAUAUUAAGAAACUUGUCAUACAGAUGUCAAGAAGUGGAAGAUCCGAACUAUGACAAGAACCCACUGCCUACUCAAAGUAGGGUGGCAGCUAAUACCUCGAAAGGCGAGAAUUUGGGUUGUUUUGGUGGCAGCAAGAAGAAGAAAGAAGGUCAGUCGUCAGAAACGAAAGAAAGCAAUUUUGCUUCUUCGAAUUCGGCGGGCACCUCGAGUUCCACCCCUCGUGGCGAGCCUGUGAAAGGAAUGGAACUUCUAUGGCAGCCGGAAGUAGUGCAAUCUUAUUUGGCUUUAUUGCAUAGCUGUUCGAAUCCGGAAACCCUGGAAGCAGCCGCGGGGGCCUUACAAAAUUUGGCAGCUUGCUAUUGGCAGCCUAGUAUAGAAAUAAGGGCAGCUGUGCGCAAGGAAAAAGGCCUACCCAUUUUGGUAGAAUUACUACGUAUGGAAGUAGAUAGGGUAGUCUGUGCCGUAGCGACGGCGCUUAGAAAUUUAGCAAUAGAUCAGCGUAAUAAAGAGUUGAUAGGAAAAUACGCCAUGCGGGACUUAGUUCAGAAACUUCCUUCGGGAAACCCUCAGCAUGAUCAGGGUACUUCAGAUGACACUAUAGCAGCAGUUUUAGCUACUUUAAACGAAGUGAUAAAGAAAAAUGCCGAAUUUUCCCGGUCGCUUCUGGAGGCCGGCGGCGUCGAAAGACUGAUGACUAUUACAAGGCAACGACAGAAAUACACCCCAAGGGUGCUGAAGUUCGCCGGACAAGUGCUUUUUACUAUGUGGCAGCACCAGGAUCUAAGAGACGUCUACAAAAAACACGGAUGGAAGGAACAGGACUUUGUCACAAAAACGGUGGCUGCACGGAACGCGGGUCCAAAUUCACCCAACAAUGCUAACAGCACCCUCAAUCGACCCAUGGCAUCUCAAAGUGGAACACGGUACGAAGACCGAACUAUGAAACGGUCCGCCCCAGGUCCAAGAGGUCCAGUAUUUCGGGACGAGAUUCCGAUGGCCGACAUGGCGUACCCCGAAAAUGCACCUAUAAUAGGUCGACCAUAUCCUCCUGGUCCUCCUGGUCCGAACCCACCCCCACCGGAACCCUUAUACGCCCAGGUAAACAUGGAAAAGAAACGUAAUCGUCAGCCAAGCCUUGGCAAUGCGAGCCUGAAUCAUGUGAGCGAUGGACAAGCUCAAGCGCAGUUCCAGUCGCAGCCCCCUCCGCUUUCUAGUAUGCCUGCUGGAAAAGAUUCCUGGGUCUAAAAAACUCACUUAUUCCCUAGUACGGGUUCUGGUUAUCGAAUUGUUUACAAAAAUUUAGGAAUCACUUGUUUACGUGAUGCUUUGUUUGGUAUAAGUUGAUGAUAAGGUCGAUGAGGCUAUUGUUUGCUGCCGUGCAGUAGCUAUCUCCUAACUCCAUCAAAUACAUACGAUAUCAAUAUUUAUUUGUAAAUCGUUCAUGUUCAACAAUCACCAUUAUUUCUAGACAUAUAUGCAUGUUGCGGUGUUGUCACAUUCCAGUGUUAGACAAUUGUAGUUUUUUGCAGAUAACCAGUGAAGAAAAAUUUCUCAUCAUUAAGCCCCUCUUUUCAGUCUUGUACAACAUUUAUUGAAAUUCAAAUUUGUUUUUUACUGUUUUGAAUGGAAUUUUUAAUAUACUGAGUGUUGCCUAAAAAAACUGGAUGUUUUCGGGUGUAAAUUUUUCCAAAAUUCUAUAUUAAAUUUGAACAUUUUCUUAUUAAUUUGUGUCUCAGAUGCUUCAACUCUUCUCUCAUCAUUAAGUUCCUUUCUAUUAGCUUUGUGCAAGAAUUAGUGAGAUUAACUUUUUUUUAGUGUUUUAAAUGGAAUUUUUAAUAUACUGUGUGUGCCGUAAAAAAAUCGAUGUUUUUCAGGGUUUAAAUUUUUCCAAAAAUUUAUAUUACAAUUAAAAAAUGUUCAAUUAAUUGUUGUCACAAAUGAUUCAUUUUCUUGGAACUCUUCUUUUCUCUUCUUCAAGCUCCUUUUUUUAGUGUUGUUCAACAAAUAUUGAAAUUGAAAUUUGUUUUUUUAGUGUUAAAUGGAGUUUCUAAUAUUCUUAGUGUCCUCUAAAAAAGCGAAUGUUUUUCGAAGUGUAAAAAUUUUCCUCAAGGGAUUCAUUUCCUUGCAACUCUUCUGGUCUCAUCAUUAAGCUCGAUCCCUUUAUUGAGUCUUGUACAACGCUUAUUGAAAUUAACAUUGUUUUAUAGUGUUUUAAAUGACACUUUUAAUAUACUGAGUGUGUGCUACAAAAACUGCGACUCUUUCUCAUGAUUAAGCUCCCUCCUUUUAGUCUUGUGCAACAAUUUUUAACAUUAAAAUUAGUUUUUUAGUGUUUUAAAUGGAAUUUUUAAUGUAGUGAGUGUCCGUUAAAAAAACUGGUUAUUUUUCGGGCUGUAAAUUUUUCGAAAAGUUUUUAUUAAAUUUAAAAAGUUUCUUAUUAAUUUUUGUAUCAAAAGAUUCAUUCUCUUGCAACUCUUCUCUCAUUAUUACGCUUUAUUGAGUCUUGUGCAACAAUUAUUGAAAUUAACUUUUGUUUUAAAUGUAAUUUUUAAUAUACUGAGUGUCCCAUAAUAAAGUAUAUGUUUUUCAGAGUGUAAGUGUAUACUAAAAUUUAAAUAAAUUCAAUCAAUUUUGGUCACAAAUAAUUCAUUCUCUUGUAACUUUUUUUUUCUCAUCAUCUAGCUCCCUCCUUUUAGUCUUGUGCAACAAUUAUUGACAUUAAAAUUUGUUUUUUACUGUUUUAAAUGGAAUUUUUAAUGUACUGAGUGUCCCCCAAACAAUUGGGUGUUUUUCGGGGUGUAAAUUUUUCUAAAAGUUUAUAUUAAAAUAAAAAUAUUACUCGACACUACUCUUCUUCAACUCUCAAAACUUUCCAUGCGCUUAAUAGUUUGCCCGAGAUGCAAAAUAUCACCGAACAGACUGAAACGGAAACUUAACAGGCUUUACUAUUGUGAUAUUAAUUCUGAAGUCGUUUUCCAACACCCGCAGAUGGCAUGUAUGUAUUUAGAAAAUCGCAACUAAGUAUUCGUUGACUUGCGCUAUAUAGGCCUAUUUAUAUUAUAGUUGUUUUGGUACAAUAUAGAUAUUUUGUAAGCUUUUAGAUAAUUAUUUUGUUAAAAGUCGUUGGUGUAAAAAAGCCUUUCCGAGUAAAAUUUUUGUACAUAGUUGAUAAUCCAGUCCCGAGAUCUACUCUGUUAUAUAUCAAUGUUCGGUCGUAUGUUCAGAUAUAUAAUGCACUGAUUCAUAUAUUAAAUAUAUAAUAUUUAGUUUGUGGUUUACUGUGAUGAGCUUCAAGUGAAAAAAAUUGCCUGUAUAUAUUGAUUUGCGUCAAAAUUAUUUUACUGCAAGUUUUUUUUUUAUUUUUUUAUUAUACAAUUUAUUUUGAAAAUGGUUUUAUUAUAUACUUAAAUUAUAAUCAUAUAAACACAUUAUAGAGAAGGCAUUGUUUGUUUCGUUAAAUUAUAUUUUACGUCUAUUGAUUUUUUU